GUCAAUUUGAAGAGAAGUGAUUUCAUUCUUCAAGAAUAUUGUAGAAUAUUAGAGAAAUAAAACUUAAGCUCGGGCUGUGAUAGAAGUAUUUUAUGGUAGUUAACUUAAGUAAUAAUUACAACAUGACCAACAAAUUUGAAACUCUAAAGUAUCACCAUGAAGAAUCGUCCGAUAAUGACGACGAUAUUGGCCCAAAUAUUACUGAUUUAGGCCCUAUUGAAUAUCCUGCCAGUGAGCAUAGGUUGCAGCAUCCAUAUUGCCUGUGGUUUUCAAAACGACCCUCUCAGAUACAGGGUUCACAAAAAUACGGACAAAAUCUUAGGCUUAUUGGACAAGUAGGGACUGUUGAGCAGUGGUGGGCCCUUUAUUCACACAUAGUUCGACUCCAUGAAAUACCAGCCCAUCGGGAUCUACACUUGUUUAAAAAAGGUAUCAAACCUAUGUGGGAAGAUGCGGCAAAUAAAAAAGGAGGGAAGUGGGUGAUCAGACUUAAAAAAGAGCAGGCGGGUAGAGCAUGGGAAAACCUGUGUAUGGCCAUGUUAGGGGAACAAUUUGUUGCGGGUAAUGAAAUUUGUGGAGUAGUUGUAUCAACUAGGUACCAGGAAUAUUUGUUAAGUGUGUGGAAUAAAACUGCAUCAGAUCAAGCCACAACGGCUCGGAUUCGGGAUGUAUUAAAACGACUCUUAAAUAUACCACCAACCGCUACAAUGGAAUAUAAGACACAUAAUGAUUGCCUCAAAUAUGGAUCUUUGUUAUAAAACAGAGGGACAUCAGUGCAAGUAACAACUUAUUGCACCAAUUUUCAGUGCCACAAAAUCUACCCCAAAUAAUAUGAUAAAAAGUUGACUCCACACAUCUUCAAAAGGGCAUGCAGACUCAUAAAGGUAAUACAAAUUCUUUGAUUGAAAAGAUUUUAACAAAAUAAA